CCAACUCUUCAAAACCUCUGUCUCUCUCUCUCUCUCUCUCGUUCUCCCUCUCCCACUACACACUCUCUUACUCCUCCAAGUAAAAUGGAGCCUUGGCUCGACGACUUAGCCGACGACCUCCAGAGCCUGAGCUUCACCUCCACAGCCACCACCGCCACCACUGCCACAGCCGACAUCAACCGCGGCACUAGCUUCGGCUCCGAGGCCACUCUCACUGUCUCCUCCGGCUCCCUUGGCUCCACCUCUAAGCCCCACGCACCCUCCUCCGAUCCCUGCUGGUCCGCCAUCCACCGGAUCCGGUCCGAGUCCCCUACUCGCCAGCUCGGCCUCUCCGACCUCCGCUUCGUCCUCCGGCUCGGUUCCGGCGACAUCGGCUCCGUCUACCUGGCAGAGGUCAAGUCCGCACCGGCCGACUCCGAGGGCUGCCUCUUUGCCGCCAAGGUGAUGGACAAGAAGGAGCUCGCCAGCCGGAGUAAAGAAGGUCGCGCCAAAACCGAGAGGGAAAUCCUCGAAAUGUUGGACCACCCUUUCUUGCCCACGCUCUACGCCAGCAUCGACGCCCCCAAAUGGCUCUGCCUCUUGACCGAGUUCUGCCCCGGCGGCGACCUCCACGUGCUCCGGCAACGCCAGCCCUCCAAACGCUUCCACCAAUCUGCCGUCAGGUUCUAUGCAUCAGAGGUGGUGGUGGCUUUAGAAUACCUUCACAUGAUGGGGAUUGUUUACCGUGAUCUCAAGCCCGAAAAUGUGCUCGUUAGGUCGGACGGCCACAUCAUGCUCACUGACUUUGACCUCUCGUUAAAGUGUGACAGCUCUACAUCGGCGGCUCAGAUUGUUUCUGAUCAGGACCUAUCAAGUCCCGCCCCUCAGAAGGACUGUCCGGUCGAUCCACCCCCUUUCACCUCAACUUCAUGCAUUAUUCCUAAUUGUAUGGUCCCUGCUGUGUCGUGUUUCCAACCAAGGCGCAAGCGCAAGAAGAAACUGGGCAUGCACGGUAGACCCAAAUUCGUGGCCGAGCCUAUUGAUGUUCGGUCCAUGUCUUUCGUUGGGACCCACGAGUAUUUGGCACCGGAGAUUGUGUCCGGUGAGGGCCAUGGGAGUGCUGUUGAUUGGUGGACACUAGGGAUAUUUAUGUUUGAGCUAUUUUAUGGGGUCACACCCUUUAGGGGUGUGGGCAAUGAUCUAACCCUAGCUAACAUUGUGGCUCGAGCCCUCGAGUUUCCAAAGGAGCCUGUCGUGCCCGCCUCGGCAAAGGACCUCAUAUCUCAACUAUUGGCUAAAGAUCCGGUGAGGCGGCUAGGGAACACAAUGGGUGCGUCGGCCAUCAAGCACCACCCCUUUUUCCAAGGAGUCAAUUGGGCAUUGUUAAGAUGUACAGCCCCACCCUUUGUUCCCCCACCAUUCACUAGAGAAGUAGAUGAAAGUUGUCCAGAGACGCGUAUGGAUUAUUAUUAGUGAUAAAAAAAAAAAAGAAA